GUUAAUGAUGGGUUUCGCGUAGGAUUCACGUUCAUGUAGUAAAAUCUUGCCAAAGUUGAAGAUUUUGUUUUCCACGUAUGAUGAUUCUCUCUCUCUUUCUCUUACUUUUCUCUCUAUCCUGAAACAUUCUCUUAUGACGAUCACCAACUGUGUGUGUAACCUGUGACAACAUUAAUUAAUGGAUGCUGAGUGGCUUGAUGCUGUCUUGAGCACAUAGGAGGGUAUCAUAUUCUUCCAUGAAAAUGCUAGCAGCAUGUUGGAGACACACCAACUGGGGCUAAUUUAUAUAUAUGUUAGCAGAAUUUAGAUUUGGUUUGCCAAGUACUUGGAGAUAAAAUCUUCUUUCUUGGAUUCUUAAGGAAUUCGAUUCCCAUUCUGUUAUAGUUUCUUUAUGUUACACUAUUUAUUCGUAGAUUUGGUGCUUAACUUGGAUCAUCGUUGCUGAAUUUGGGAAGAGAUCGAUCGAGUUGUCUUCUUCACUACAUCUUGGGCUCUUCAGAAAGCUUUAGGAGCAACCAUGAAUGCAUUAGUGGCAACCAACAGGAACUUCAAGCGGGCAGCUAAGCUGUUGGGGUUGGACUCCAAGCUUGAGAAAAGUUUGCUGAUUCCAUUCAGAGAGAUUAAGGUUGAAUGUACCAUACCCAAAGACGAUGGCACUUUGGCGUCUUUUGUUGGGUUCAGGGUUCAGCAUGACAAUGCCAGAGGUCCCAUGAAAGGGGGGAUCAGAUACCACCCAGAGGUUGAUCCAGAUGAAGUCAAUGCAUUAGCACAACUUAUGACAUGGAAAACAGCAGUAGCGAACAUUCCCUAUGGUGGGGCUAAAGGUGGAAUAGGGUGUAAUCCAGGGGAGUUAAGUGUGUCUGAACUGGAACGACUUACCCGUGUGUUCACUCAAAAGAUACAUGAUCUAAUCGGAAUCCACACAGACGUUCCAGCUCCUGAUAUGGGAACUGGUCCACAGACUAUGGCAUGGAUACUGGAUGAAUACUCCAAGUUUCAUGGCUACUCACCUGCUGUUGUUACUGGAAAACCAAUUGAUCUCGGUGGAUCUCUAGGCAGAGAUGCCGCCACUGGACGAGGAGUGCUCUUCGCUACAGAAGCCUUGCUUAAGGAGCACGGGAAGACCAUAUCAGGGCAACGAUUCGUCAUACAGGGUUUUGGAAAUGUGGGUGCCUGGGCCGCCCAACUAAUCAGUGAGCAGGGAGGGAAGAUCGUUGCCGUAAGUGACAUCACUGGAGCUAUAAAGAACAACAAAGGGCUUGAUAUUCCAAGCCUACUCAAACAUGCCAAUGAACACAAAGGUGUGAAAGGAUUCCAUGGCGGGGAUCCGAUCGAUCCCAAAUCAAUACUAGUUGAGGACUGUGACAUUCUCAUUCCAGCAGCCCUUGGAGGUGUCAUCAACAGGGAGAAUGCAAGUGAUAUUAAAUCCAAAUUUAUUAUUGAAGCUGCCAACCAUCCAACUGAUCCUGAGGCUGACGAGAUUUUGACAAAGAAAGGUGUUGUUAUUCUUCCAGAUAUAUUUGCUAACUCAGGAGGAGUCACUGUUAGCUACUUUGAGUGGGUUCAGAACAUCCAAGGAUUCAUGUGGGAUGAAGAGAAGGUGAACAAUGAACUAAAGAAUUACAUGACCAGAGGUUUCAAAGAUGUGAAAGAGAUGUGCAAAACCCACAACUGUGAUCUGCGUAUGGGAGCCUUCACUCUAGGUGUUAACCGCGUUGCACGAGCUACCGUUCUGAGAGGUUGGGGAGCCUGAGAUGUUGGCUGCUCUGAAUAAAGAUAGGCUUCAACGAGGCCCCUCGCUCAUACUUGUCGAGAUCUCUCUUGCUUAUGGAAGUUUAAACAACUUCUUUUCAUGUGUAUUGCCUUAAUUUCCACCUCUUAAGGUGUUUCUCGUAUGAACUGCAAAUUCUCUUACAGAAAGUAGGGAGGAAUUGCUGAGGUUUUAUGGUCUAAUAAGUGUUUUCUUUUAGCUUUUUAGUUUCUUUUGAGGUGGAAAGAUUUGAUCUUGGAUACCCUCGAGGCAUUUAUCACUGCCCAAUACCUCGUUGGCAAAGUUCAUUGUAAGUUGGAAAUUGCGUCAUGGGUUCUUAAUAAUUUAAACUUCCUAUUCAUAA